CUGCCAGUCAGCUGCUAGGAAGCUGAGGGUGUUUAUCCCUGAGUUAGCUCGAUGGCUAACGUCGUCAGUCAUUAGGCUGUAGCUUCUUCACAUCGCUGGCGCUGUUUGUGGAAACAGUUGAACGUUUUCUUUUAUUUGGAAACUGAAGAUCUGAGACACACUGAGAAGAUGAAGUGUGCGUUUCUGCUCCAGGUUCUGGUGCUGGCGGGUUUUGUGCCGUUCAUAGAAGUGACAGCGAAGAAUUCUGAAGACAUCCGCUGUAAAUGCAUCUGUCCACCAUACAGAGACAUCAAGGGUCAGAUCUACAAAAAUAAUGUGUCUCUCAAAGACUGUAACUGUCUCCAUGUAGUUGAUCCAAUGCCGGUUGACGGGAAAGAUGUGGAGGCGUACUGUUUACGCUGCGAGUGUAAAUAUGAGGAGAGAAGCUCAGGGACCAUUAAGUUCACCAUCAUCAUGUACCUCUCCAUUCUGGGCCUGCUGCUUCUCUACAUGGUCUACCUGACUCUCCUAGAGCCCAUGCUGAAGAGGCGUCUGUUUGGACACUCGCAGCUUAUCCAAAGUGAUGAUGAUGUUGGGGACCAGCAGCCUUUUGCCAACGCUCAAAACGUCCUGUCCCGUUCACACUCUCGACCCAACAUGCUGAACAAAGUGGAGCACGCCCAGCAGCGCUGGAGGAGGCAGGUCCAGGAACAGAGGAAGUCUGUGUUUGACCGCCAUGUUGUUCUCAGUUAAACUGCCCUGCAAGAAAAAGUUACAGGUGGAGCAAAACAACAAAAACACUGUGACAGAGCCCUCGAUUUAUAUCUCUUCCUUUCUCUCAUUUGUGGUUUGUAUCUCAUUAAGUGUGACUCUGUAGACCAGAAGUCCCUGGCAGACAUUUAAUCAAAGCUAGGAACUGUUGCAUAGUCUACAGGCGGCACAGGAGAUUACAGUGAAUUCAUUUUUGCACAAUGUUGAAUGAGAAGUCUUUAAAAACAUUUCCAGAAGUAGAAUUUAAUCUCUGCCUGCUGUCCAAUUUGCAGAAGUGCCAAGUCACUGGAGAAUUUGUAAUGGAAAUUUGAUGGUAGAGACUAAUAAAUGCCAGAUAAAAACUUUCCAAGUUCAUGUUUCAUAACAUUCUCCAUCUCUAUAAUCUUCUGGCCAACAGUAUGAAGCUGACCAGUCUUACAAUUUUACAAGCCAGCGUUUUCAGCAUCAAACAUGCAGAUGUUUGUUGGUGACACUCCACAUGGCUGGAUAAAUGGUCCAUCCCACUUGACUGCAGUAAUCAUCAGUUAGCACAUAGCUGGUGGGUAUUUUCCACCUAACAACUAACAUAAUUUAGAACUACUGCUCUCACCGUCGAUUUAAGGAAAUCAUGUAAAAUAAAAAUCAUUCAGCUUUCUUUGAAAAUGCAUGUUUUAUAAUAAAUCUUUUAUAAAUGUGUUUUCAAUCCUCCAUCCUUACCGUAACAUUUACUUUCUGAUAACUGGUGUGGGAUCCAUCAUUUAAUGCAUUCAAUGAAAUUUGAUAUUUGAGAGUUGUUUCACUUGAACCUCGUUGCAGGUACUGAUGCAAUUUCUUGGUGAUGUCAUACAGUAGUAAACGUAGCUGUGCUAUUGAUCCUUAACUAUUGAAGACAUUUGAACUCAGUGCCCUCCUCAACUGCCUGAACAAAUAUAAUAUGUAUUUCCUUUAUGUUUGUAGCACGUCUGUGUGCUUGGUUUAACAUCAUUUCCUUUAUCAAGGUCCUAAAUAAUAUUUGUUGUCUAACAGGCAGCAUUGAGUGGUGAUUUUCUGAGUUACAAGAAGUUUUUUUUUUUGUGUAUAGCUGGGCUGGAGUGGAUGAAGAAUCACAGCUGAGAGUCCUUUGAAAGUGUUCUUAACUAUUGUAUAUGUGAUACCUUUAACUUUGAAAUAAAUUUAUGUAAUAUUUGUGA